UGCUGUGUUUGCUGUUUGUUUAUUGUUGCCAACGCUGGCCUUCGCCGGGGCCCUGGGCCGCCCGCGGUUUGGAGGCGGGGAAGCUGGGACGGGCUCCCGUUCCGUUGACGGGGCCGCAGGGGAAGCCGCGUUCCGGGAACCGAGCUCUGGGAGCCUGGGGCCGUGGAGGGUGGCACCGUUCUCAGCUGGGCGUGUGGGAUUGCGCUAAGAAAGAAACAGAAGAGUUGCUCCUUGGAGCUCUGUAAGGGAAAUCCUCGAAAGAAAACUUUCCUGUUCGUGGGCUCCAGCUGUAAGACUCUUAGAAGCUUUCGCUUCUUUAAAGAAUUCAGGAAAAUGAGGCCAUAUUAAAUGCUUCUCAUUUUUCAGCCUAAACGUUAUUAGAUUAAAAGUAAGCGUGUUUUCUUCCAGAUGAAACAAGCAAAAAAAAAGAAAAAAAAAAAGAAAGAAAACAUCCUAAAAAUUAGGGUGCUGACAUAACUUUUUAGACGUAGUGAGUACGUGCCUACGGUUUUACAUGCUGGCAUUGUUACCUCACCAUGAAUUUUCAAAAUUAACUUCUUUGAUGGGGUUUCCACUUGGGUAAGUACGUACGUACGUACGUGUGCAUCUCAUUACUGUUUUUUAAUGAGCACCGUUCUGAAAGGAUGUGAAACCCAAUAUGAUUGUUUGCCCAAGAGCCCAAGUUGGUUUCUCUUUUGGGUUUGUUUUUGCAGUUCAGACUGGUUAAGUGGAACGAGUUUUAAGUUUCAGCUUUGAAAGUAAGCUCAUUUUUUUCUGUGAGUAUGUUCAUUUUGUAAUAAACAGGUAGUUUUAAAAUGUGUCCCUAUGACAUUUUUAUUUGUAAAGUGUCUUUACUAAGCACUUGCAUCAAGGAUUGCUAUAAAACAUUUUUGAAAAGCCUGGCAUUCCUAGAAUUCCAUUUUUCUGGUGAAGUUACCCAGCCCCUGCACCAAUUUCAGAAACUGAAACCUUCAAGGAACUACAUGUUACUCUAGAAGUAAGAGGGUGUUUCAGAAUUUCCUGAGAAAAUGGAACUAAAAUAUUCAGAGAAUUCCUCAGUCCAGAAUAAUGACCACCCCUCUUUGGCCGCCAGCUCCAGUCAGGCCAGCCAGCCCGAUGAACAACUGCGCGAUUCAUUCCAAGAACAGGCAGCUCAGUCUGACGUCUGGCAUGAUGACGGCAUGGCAGGGCCUAGUCAGAAUGUGGAAGCUGAAUCAAUUCCAGAUGUUGUGGAUGUGGAAGAGGGCACGGGCUUCUGUCCCUCAGAACCGAUGCUGUGCAGCGAAGCCGUGGAGGGGCAGGUGCCGCACUCGCUGGAGGCCCUGCAUCAGUCAGCUGACUGCUCGAACGCCAGCGAUGCCUUGAUCGUGUUGCUGCAUCUUCUCAUGUUGGAGUCAGGGUACAUACCUCAGGGGACCGAAGUCAAAGCCCUGUCCAUGCCGGAGCAGUGGAAGGCGAGUGGUGUGUACAGGCUGCGGUACACGCACCCCCUCUGUGAGGGAGGCUCUGCUGCGCUCACCUGCGUGCCUCUGGGAAACCUCGUCGUCGUGAACGCUACUCUAAAAAUCAACAAUGAGAUUAAAAGUGUGAAAAGAUUGCAGCUCCUGCCAGAAUCUUUUGUUUGCAUGGGAGAACCAGGGGAAAAUGCAGCCAAGAUAUACAGAGAUCUUCAGAAGCUCUCCCGCCUCUUCAAAGACCAGCUGGUGUAUCCUCUUCUGGCUUUUACUCGGCAAGCGCUGAACCUGCCGGACGUGUUUGGGUUGGUGGUCCUCCCGCUGGAGCUGAAACUGCGCAUCUUCCGACUUCUGGAUGUUCGUUCCGUCCUGUCUUUGUCCGCAGUUUGUCACGAUCUCUUCAUUGCUUCAAAUGACCCACUGCUGUGGAGGUGUUUGUAUCUGCGGGACUUCCGAGAUGGUACUGUCAGAGUACGAGACACAGAUUGGAAAGAACUGUACAGGAGGAAGCACAAGCAAAGGAAAGAAGCCCAGAAAGGGCGGUACGUGAUGUUCCUGCCGUCGUCCCCCCACCCCAUCCCGUACUACCCCAACCCCUUGCACCCCAGACCCUUUCCUUCCGGCUCCCUUCUUCCUCCGGGAAUCAUCGGUGGUGAAUACGACCAAAGAAUAAUACUUCCCUACGUUGGAGAUCCCAUCAAUUCACUCAUCCCUGGGCCUGGGGAGACACCUGGCCAGUUCCCUCCUCUCAGACCGCGAUUUGAUCCAGUUGGCCCACUUCCGGGACCCAACCCCAUCUUGCCAGGGCGAGGUGGACCCAGUGACAGAUUUCCCUUCAGACCUGGCAGGGGUCGGUCCACUGACAGCCGUCUGCCAUUCAUGUGAUUGCUUUAUAAUCUCACGUGUGGAGCCCGAUUGGUGUUUUGGUUUGUUAGAACGACAGGUGUCAUCUCCUUGGGGUGCUGAUGUCUAGUGGUAGUGUUUGCACUCUCAGAAACCUCUCAGUAGAUGGGUUUCUAGCUCCAGGCACGGAGUGGCCCGCGGCUUGUUCUGCAGCAGGGUUGACCUUGGGGAUAGUUGGCUCCUGAUUUCCCUGCUCUGGAUUCUCCAGUAGACUGAGGUUGUGUAUGGAUGAUGUCGUGCACCGGAUUAAAAAGAAAUGUAAACUGCACAACAGCUUUGACUUUUAUUACAGAAAGA